AUGCUUUGCGAGAAUGUGGGCGAAACAAACCCUGAUAUUGCAGGGCUUGGAAUAUUUAUUGCAUUCGCAUUCCAAGCAGGAAUUUCAGUCAUUUUAUCUAUCUGCUCUAUGAUACUAUGGAAAGAUGUCACAGCUGUUCUUUUUGACCCAGAUGGGCCUCUGACGGUUUAUCCUCAGAUGGUCCAAUGGAUUCAACAAGUUACGAAGCGAGAUUUUGCGAUCCAAUUCGCCAGAUUCAGAAAGAGAUGCGAAGAAAACAGUUUCGACAUCAAAGAAUUAGAAAAGGCAAAGAUAGACGAGGUCCUGAAAAUGAUCAGUGACAUACAGAUUCUCAAUGUAUAUGAUAUGGCCAGCUUCACGGCGAUAUCUGCCUGCGCCAGCUUUUAUUUCUCAUCCGAAUUGGUAGAUGGGAUCCCUCUAUUCCAGGCUAUUGCUACAACAGUCCAACGGUAA